UGUGCCCUCCCCACACGUUGCUGCCGCCAGUGGAAGCGGAGGUGAGCUCACGCCCACUUUCUUGUUUGACUGGAGGAGCCUGAGGCGAAGGGCUUGAGGUCCGCGCGCGGGGAGGAGGGGGGGCACGCCGGUUCUCGUCCCUGCUGGUCGGGGUACGAGUAGGGAGCUGGUCUCGCCUAACACAUGUGUCUGGCACACUUGUGUCUAUUUAUUCGCUCGCUUACUGUACACCUUGAGGCACACAAUGGCGGCGGGAGCGGAAGGACCCGGGAUGUCCGCCGGCUACGUGAAGGAAUUCACCCGCCACUGCAGCGACGUGCUGCUCAACCUCAACGAGCUGCGGCACCGCGCCAUCUUGACGGACGCCACCCUGGCGGUGGGCGACGCGCGCCUACGGGCUCACUCGGCCGUGCUGGUGGCCUGCAGCGGGUUCUUCUAUUCGCUUUACACGCGGCACACGCAGCACAUGACCGUGUCCCUCCCCAGCCACCUGGAGCCCACCAGCGUCUCCCUCCUGCUCGACUUCAUGUACACGUCCCACCUGCCCCUGACGCCCGCCACCGCCCCCGGCGUGCUCGCCGCGGCGGCCCACCUGCAGAUGGACCACGUGGCGGAUACCUGCCGGGAAUUCAUGCGGCUGCACUGCCGGGAAAACAUGAGCAUGAGACACCCCCAAUUGGAGCUGGACCCCAGGGUGUCUGUAGCCUCUGUGGCCCCUAAAGGUGGAGAUCUGCCUCAUCCUGGACCACAAGCAGCAGGGACAGUCAGGCUCCCAGGGGAGGCCGAGGGGAAGCCCGGUUCGGAAGAGCUGAAAAAGGAGCCCGACUCGCCCCCUCCGUCUCCCGACAGUCCCGCGCGCUCCAGCUGCCAGCCCAGCUCCCCCGCGGAGUCCGAAACCUGCAGCAAAAAUCUUGCGUGCGACACCAGAGCCACACUGGACCCAAAAUUGUGCAACUGGAAAAAAUACAAGUUCAUCGUCCUCAACCCUCUCUGCGCUGGGACCUCAGCGAAAGAGGAGCCGCGACGCCACGCGACGGCCGUGACAAAGGCGUGGCCUGGAGAAGUGCCCGGUCAGAUUGAUAGACAGGGGCGGGCCUCCUGCUACGAGGGUUCUGGCCGAGCCCCUCCCCUCGGGCCACCCGCCUCCGUGGAGGAGGGAACAGCUCCCACUCACUACCGCCGUCAGGCCGUCAAGAAAGAGAGCUACUCUAUGCCUUGCGGUUCCCCGGGCAACGCUGGAGGCAAAACCGUCCCUUCAGGCGACAAGCCGUACCGCUGCAACGUGUGCGGCGCCCAGUUCAACCGGCCCGCCAACCUCAAGACGCACGCUCGCAUCCACUCGGGCGAGAAGCCGUACCGCUGCGACACCUGCGGCGCGCGAUUCGUACAGGUCGCUCACCUCCGAGCGCACGUCCUGAUCCACACGGGGGAGAAGCCGUACCCCUGUCACACGUGCGGCACCCGCUUCCGCCACCUGCAGACCCUCAAGAGCCACCUGCGCAUCCACACCGGCGAAAAACCUUACUCGUGCGAAAAGUGUGACCUGCGUUUCCGCCACAAGAGCCAACUGCGCCUUCACCUGCGGCAGAAGCACGGCGCCGUUACCAACACCAAGGUCCGCUACAGGGUCCUGAGCGAGCCCUACCCGCCCGUUCUGCAGGCCUGCUGAAAGAAAAGCUGACAAUCCUGACAUUUCACCCAAAUUCGCUUUUUAAGAGUAGCGCGUUUAGCAUAAGCCGUUGUUGGUCCUGAAAGGAGGUUUAGCCGCAUGUAAAAAGCAGUAGCACACACCGAGCAUCGCAUUUGAGGAGACGAGGUCGGGAAAAAGUUGGCUUAUAAUGUUACAGGAAGUGUUUUUGUGGGUUUGUGAAGAGUUUGGGAGCAAGUGCCGAGACCGGGAAAGGAGCAAAGGGAGGUUUUGUGUGAGCGUGAGUACGUACAGUGGACCCUCGCCAUUCGCCAACUCAACUACUUGCAACAUGUUCUGUAGAACAUGCUGUAGCUAAAACGAUUCCGUGGUCUGGAGGAUAGAGUUGAAACUAUGAAUAUAGGCAGUUAUAAGGGGGUGGUCCGGUGUUUGCGACUCUUUCGCUGUUCGCAUCGGUUCUUCACGAAUAGCGAGGGUUCUCUGCAAAUGGUUUGAAGGAAGUUUGAAGGAAGUUAAAAAGCACUUGGAAUCGGGAUUGCGUCGUCUGUUGCUUGCACAUUUGUAUUUAACUCCACGCGUCUGAGGCCUGGCGCCCUUGCGUGUAUUCUUUGAAAUAAUUUAUGCAGCGAUACCGACUCCGGUUAAGUCCAAGCGGGCAAAGGACUUUAAUGGACAUAUAACUGUCGAAAUGUUAAACUGUUGUUUCGAAACAAUCAGGAAAUGGAUGGUUCAUUUGCUGGACAAAGAUGAUUUGUGUCAUUUGAAUUAAAUUGGAGCCUUGA